AUGAGAUGCAAGCAAACUGUUGAGAAAGACAUGCAAGAGUCGAUAGACAAAUUGUGGACGAAUGUUGUAUGGGCAAGUGAUGAGGUUGAGUAUGGUGAACGGUUGAAACUACUUGAAGAAACAUGUUUUUCAUGUAGUGAAUUUGUUGAUUAUGUGAAAGAUACAUGGAUUGAGUCUGCACAUUGGAAAUUAAAGCAAAUGUUAGAAAAUAGUAUGGGUGACAUGGUCAAAUGUUGGGAAGGUAUGAAUGGAAACAUGAAGUUACAAAUAAACAACAUCCGAACUUCUCUUCAAAAAAGUUUUUAUGAGGUUGAACACGCACACAUAAGUCCAUUUUAUGGUAACUUGCAUGGCUUUGUUAGUAGGGCUGCUUUGAGGCACAUUGUUAAAGAGUUUACAAGAGUUGAUUAUGUUGGAACGGAAAGGCAAAUAUAUGGUUGUGUUAUGAGAACAACUUAUGGGUUACCUUGUGCUUGCGAGUUAGCGAGGUACAUUAUUGGUGGUGUACCGAUACCGAUAGAUUAUGUUCAUAUUCAUUGGAGACAACUUAGUAUGGAAGGUGAGUUAUCGGCGGAUGGGGAUGAUGGAUCAGAGGUUGAUAUGAGUGGUGCCAUGGAUGAGUUGUGGAGAAGAUUUAGAUCCCUAGAUGUCGUUGAAAAAAGAGCAUUAAAAAGUAGAGUUUGUGAAAUUACUUUUCCUACCACAUCUUCAAUGCUACCACCACCAGAAAGAAUAAAAACUAAAGGAGGUGUGAAGAAGAAAGGGACAAAACCCGUUGACUAUGAUGUUUAUAGAGACCCUUCACAGCAUGAGUAUGUUGACCAAGCAUCUCAAUCUUCACAGAGGCAAUCUCGACCAUCACAGACUUCGAAGAAGAAGUCACAAUCCAAGAAGAAAUCACAACCAACCGAGGUAGUGGACUAUAUUCCUCAGUUUCCUCAUCAUAUUAGGCCAUUUAUUCAAGAGGUGGUAGAUGUUAAAAAAGAUGGUAACUGUGGAUUUAGAGUUAUUGCAUCACUACAGGGGUAUGGUGAGGAUGGUUGGUCAAUUGUCCGUAGAGAAUUGGAUAUGGAAAUAAGGGACAAGAAGAGUUUGUAUAUGACUUUAUUUGGGGACCGUUUCCAAGAGGUAAACAUGAAGGAGGGGUUCCUGUUACCACCUGUCACAGUUGACUGA